CAUCCGGUGGGAUGCAUAUAAAUACGUCGCACUAUCACUCGCUCAGUCCCAGUCGGUUAAUUGUGGCAUAAGUAGGGGAAGACACCUACCUGUUCAGUAACUUUGGUCAAAGGUACCCAUUUUCCACCGAAACUCAAGAUGACUCAUCAGUACCCAUCCCUCUCUCCGGAGCAAAAGAAGGAGCUGGCUUCCAUUGCUCAGCGGAUUGUAGCUCCUGGAAAGGGCAUCCUUGCUGCUGAUGAGUCCACAGGUACCAUGGGCAAGCGUCUUCAGAAGAUCAACGUGGAGAACACAGAGGAGAACCGACGCUACUUCCGUGACCUCCUCUUCUCCGUUGACCCAUCUAUCUCUCAGUGUGUGGGUGGGGUCAUCUUCUUCCAUGAAACGUUGUACCAGAAGUCUGACAAGGGUGUCCUCUUUCCUCAGGUCAUCAAAGAUAAAGGCAUCGUUGUUGGCAUCAAGGUAGACAAAGGCACAGCAGGUUUGAAUGGAACAGACGGAGAGACAACCACACAAGGACUUGACGGUCUGGGUGAGCGUUGCGCUCAGUACAAGAAAGAUGGCGCAGACUUCGCCAAGUGGCGCUGCGUACUCAAGAUCUCAAACGGCUGCCCAUCUGCUCUCGCCAUCGCUGAGAAUGCCAAUGUCCUCGCCAGAUACGCCAGCAUCUGCCAACAGAACGGUCUUGUGCCCAUUGUGGAGCCAGAGAUCCUGCCUGACGGUGACCACGAUCUGCAGAGGUGCCAGUAUGUCACAGAGAAGGUUCUGGCUGCUGUGUACAAGGCCCUGUCAGACCACCAUGUGUACCUGGAGGGCACCCUGCUCAAGCCCAACAUGGUCAUGCCCGGACACUCCUGCCCCAAGAAGUUCACGCCACAGGAAGUUGCCAUGGCAACAGUCACUGCCCUCAGACGCACUGUUCCUGCUGCUGUGCCUGGCAUCUGCUUCCUGUCAGGAGGCCAGAGCGAGGAGGAGGCCUCCGUCCACCUGAGCGCCAUCAACCAGGUGCCCCUGGACCGGCCCUGGAAGCUGACCUUCUCCUACGGCCGCGCCCUCCAGGCCUCCGCCCUCGCAGCCUGGAAGGGCCAGGCUGCAAACAAGCAGGCCGCACAGGAUGCCUUCACCUCCCGCGCCAAGAUUAACGGACUAGCCUCAAAGGGCGAGUACAAGCCCUCGGGCCAGGCUGACCAGUCUUCCACGCAGUCCCUCUACACAGCCAGCUACGUCUACUAAACUAUUGCACCAUACUUGAUUCACUGGAUUGCAGCUAGGUUUACAAGCCUGGUGAACAGAGAAAUGUGAACCAACCUCUGCCCACAUACCCCCAUCCCUAAACAAAAAGAGAAA